AGAAAAAGUAAAGCGCCCCCUUUGCUGAGGUAUCGAAAGACAAAGUGGCCGUAAACAAGUCCGAAAACUGAGCUGCGGCUGCGAACAGGCGCGAAACGCAGCGAUACAGCCAUGACAUCCCUCUCACAGGACUGCGACAAGGAGAAGUUGCGCUCUGUGUCCGUGGACCUGAACAAUGAUUCCUCGCUUCUCAUCGACAUUCCUGAUGCCCUCUGUGAACGUGACAAAGUCAAGUUUACAGUCCACACCAAGACUACAUUAAACAGCUUCCAGAAGCCAGACUUCUCUGUGUCACGACAACAUGAGGACUUCAUCUGGCUACAUGAUACACUUGUGGAGACAGAAGAAUAUGCUGGCCUCAUUAUCCCCCCUGCUCCCCCCAAGCCUGACUUUGAGAGCCCUAGGGAGAAAAUGCACAAGCUUGGAGAGGGCGAAGCCACCAUGACUAAGGAAGAGUACACUAAAAUGAAACAGGAACUGGAGGCGGAGUACCUGGCCGUCUUUAAGAAGACUGUGCAGGUGCAUGAAAUUUUCCUGCAGCGUCUGUCCUCCCACCCAAAUCUCAGCAAGGACAGAAACUUCCAGAUAUUCCUGGAGUACGACCAGGACCUCAGUGUAAGGAGGAAAAAUGCUAAAGAGAUGUUUGGUGGCUUCUUCAAGAACAUGGUGAAGUCUGCUGAUGAAGUGCUCAUCUCAGGGAUUAAGGAUGUCGAUGAGUUCUUUGAGCAGGAGAAGACUUUUCUUUUAGAUUAUUUCAGCAAGAUCAAGGAUUCGACUGCCAAAGCUGAGAAAAUGACACGAUCUCAUAAAAAUGUUGCUGAUGAUUACAUACAUAUUUCUGCAACUUUGAACAGCAUCGCUGCUGAUGACAACACAGCCCUAAAACAACACUUGGAGAAGUUUGCUGAACUGCUGGAGAAACUUAGGAAAGUGGAAGGCAGAGUGGCUUCGGAUCAGGAGCUGAAGCUAACAGAAUUGCUGAGAUAUUACAUGAGGGACAUUCAAGCUGCCAAGGACCUUUUAUACAGGCGUGCCCGGGCCCUUGCUGACUAUGAGAAUUCCAACAAGGCUCUUGAUAAGGCUCGUCUGAAGAGCAAGGAUGUUGCACAGGCCGAGGAGAACCAAAAACAGUGUCUGCUAAAGUUUGACAAACUCUCUGAGUCUGGCAAAAAAGAACUCACCAGUUUUAAGGGCAGGCGGGUGGUGGCUUUCCGCAAAAACCUGAUAGAGAUGGCCGAGCUGGAGAUAAAGCAUGCCAAGAACAGCAUAUCCCUUCUGCAGGGCUGCAUUGAACUGCUCAAGGUGAAUUGACCCACAACUGAACAAGCCUGAUCUUGUUUGCCAGCCUAUUAAAAGGGAAUCAGGAUAAGCUUCCUUAUGCUCCAUUAAUCAUCAAUAACCACUGCUAAGGCCUACGACCGGACAGCACCAUAUGCAAGACGUCUCCUCCACGUUUACAGAAGUGCCUGACUUCAGCUGUUGCACUCUCUCUUCCUCUGUGUUUCUAUAAGAGCUUCUAUAAGAGUAGCUCACCAUGAGACUGAGACAGGUGAAAAGGUGCAGGUUUUUGUGUGUUUGUUUUCUCCUCUUUCUGUAGCUUCCCUUUGCUUAUCGCAGUACUUAUAUUAUCAUUCUCAAUUGCUGAUGAGUUUACAUUUUGUAAUUACGUUCAUGAGCAAAAACUGACAAUUUUCACCAAUAGAAGAAAUCGAAAAUGUGAAAAACUUUUUAACGAGCGACCUAGAAAUAUUGAUGGUGUAUAACAAAUGUUUGGUUCAGAAUUGAAUCAAAUAAUUUUGUAACUUGAACCGUGGGUAUAUAUUUUUGGCAGUACUCAGUAUUUGAUUGACCCACUUGAAUAGUGUGUUUGAGCAGUACAAUGCAAGAACUCCAGAUACUUAAAAAAGAGGAGUUGCUUCACCUUCUUUACUUAUUUUAUAAGUACAGUUAAUAUUAAUCUCCUGAUUCUGUGUUCUGUACAUAAUUAGCUGUAACUCAUGAGGGAGACUAGCCAGGACAGUGGUCAGCCUUUGCCUGAGUUUAGCUGAUGUACUCAGCAUGCAAUUUAUUAUUUUAUGUUUCCAUCAUGUAGCAUUCCCCCCUAAAGACCUGAUCUUUGCUUUAACUGCUGCUGUGUUUGAUUUAAACAGGUUUUUGCUUUUCCUUACACUAAACAUUUUCUCUUGUUGUUACUAAUGUUAGUUACAUUGCUUCAUUGCAUAUAACAUUACCAGUGGACCAAAACAAUUCUUGUAUAAUGGCACAUUUUUUUGCGCAAUCUGAGAAACGAUUUUGUAAAAGCACUCUCAAAAGAGAUACAUGCAAUCAUGUUCGAGUUCAGGUAUUUGAAAAUAUGUGGAUGUUUUGAUAACUGAAUGUAUUUCUAAUGGAGUCAAGUUGUGUUUUCCUAUGGAGUGUCCAUUUUUGUAGGGGAAAAAAAAAGACAUGCAAGAAUUGCAUUAAAUAAGACUUGUUUCAAA